UGGUUCCGUUCUGUGAGCUUGUGUGGCCUACCACUUCACGGCUGAGCUGUUGUUGCUCCUCAUUGUUUCCACUUCACAAUAACAGGACUUAAUUGACCGGGGCAGCUCUAGCAGGACAGAAAUUUGACAAACUGACUUGUUGGUAAGGUGGCAUCCUAUGACGGUACCACGUUGAAAGUCACUGAGCUCUUCAUAUGAAAGGAGAGUGUCUCACCAGCGGUCACACUCCAGUAGGCAAGCAGCCUCACAGCACAUUCUGACCAUCACACACAGGCUUGGAGAGAGAGGGAGAGAGCGAGAGAGACCGAAUCAGCACCUCACACACAUUGCCAGAACCUGCUCGCUCCAGGGUGAGGAAUUCUUUACUUAAAAAAAUUGAAUUACUCAACCAGCAUUACUAUCUGUCCUCUCUCUCUGACAUGGAGCUCCACCGCCUCAGACACCACCACAGCCACCGGACUGACGACAAGCUCCAGAUGCUGAACCUCAACCAACGCCUGGAGACCUACCUGGGCCGAGUGAGGCUGCUGGAGGAGGAGAACAAGCUACUAUGCCAGGAGAUCCAGGCCCUGAGGGGCAGCGGCCAGGGGGGGCGGAUGGGCCUGGAGGACAAGCUGAGCCUGGCCAGGCAAGAGGUAGAGGAAGUCUGGAGGGAGAAGGAUCGGGUGGAGCUGGAGCUAGGGAGCCUGGGUGAAGAGCUCCACGUCCUGGGGCUGCAGAGACAGUGGGAGGCGGACGCCCAUGGGGAGGUGAAGAAGAAGCUGGCAGACAGCAGGAAGCAGAUGGAGGAGGAGAGGAGGGCUCAGAUCUGGUUAGGAGAGAAGGUGAACCAGCUAGAGAAACAAAUCCAUUUCCAGAUAAAAACCCACCAGGAAGAUGUUGCCGGCUUCCAGGCUACAUUAAUCCAUGUCAGACCUGCACUGCCACCCCCUCCACCCCAAACGGGCAUCCAGCUGCCCAGCCUCCAGGAGCUGGGUGAGGAGUACUCCCAGAUGGCUGUCAGGGUGUGGCAUGAGGCGGCCAUGGUGUUUCAGGGCCAGGUGGACAGCCUGGACGAGUCUCUAAACCAGGCCAGAACCCGGUUGGCCCAGGUGGGCCAGGAGAAGAAUGAGAGCCAACUGAAACUUCAUGCCCUGGAGAAUGAGCUGCAAUCAGCCCAGGAUAGAAGGCAGUGUCUGGAGAGGAGUGUGGCCAAACAGAGAGACAUGCAGAGGCAAGAGACACAAAACCUGCAGGCCCAUCUGGAGGUGUUGGAGAUGGAGAAGGGGGCGCUGGGAAAUCAGAUUGACACUCUCCUGACAGAAAGUAGGGGUCUGAUGCAGCUGAAGAUGUCUCUGGGCAUGGAGGUGGCCACAUACAGCGCUUUACUGGACAAUGAAAGUCUGAAGGGGGAUUUCUCUUCAACCAAUCAGCCAAGGAGUACCUACAUCUCUGAUGGAGUGCCCAGCUCCCGAGGGGUUAAGCAAAGCUUCCAGACACAGCUGGCUACCAGUCACAUGAUCAGGCCCAUCUCUACCAUCCAUAGAGCAAGCCCACGAUCCAAUGUGACAAUGAUGUCCGCAUCACCAAUCUGGACUCAAAAUCGGGUAACCCUGAAUGAAACACCUGAGAGUUGUCGAAAGACAGAAGAGCAUAUCGACUUUGGCGUAGGGUCCAACCACCAGGUAAGUUGUUCAACGCCUUUCCCCAAAGUACCACAGGACGGAAUUUCAGUCCACCCCUUCAGUCCCCAAGAUGUCCAUAAAGAAGUCAACUAUGCUGAGCCUCUCUCACCUCCCACUGAAGAGGCAGGAGCUGAUGUUGUAUCUUGGCUUGGAUCUGACCACAAGGAACAAUCCAUGUGGGAUAUGGAAAAGGAGGAAGAGGAUCAGAACAUAGUCAGAACCUGGUUUGCUGAAGAGAAACCCGUUCUGGAAUCUGCCAUGAGUCACCGGGUCGAGACCAGCUUCAGUAUGCCAACUGUGUUCAGCACUGAUGCUCAAGAGCUCUACAGCCCUUCAGUGAGCUAUGAGAGAGCAGGUUCGGUGACAGGGGCACAUUCUGCUUUCUCAGCGAAUGAUGAUAAUGAUGUACCUUUUGAAAUGUCUUUUGAAAAAGAGGAACCUCUACUAGAUCUGCCUUACGGUCCCAUGAAUGCAUCGGAGGAAAGAGAUCUUGAAACAGCAAAGAAAGAUGCUGAAUGGGCGGGAAACGAAGGCUUGGAAUCUGAAACUGCAUCAGUGCUAGAACAAGCAUUUGAGACCUUCACAAGCAGUCAAGCUUUUGAGUAUGGGGCGGGGAAAAGUUACAACAAGCCAAUAGAGUUCAACCAAGAGGACAAUAUGUCAUAUGAAUCCACUCAAGCCUCCCACGGUUCAGAAGAGGCAUUUCGCCAUGUUAAAAGACUGGAGGAAGAUGUUAUUCAUCUCCCAAAAGAGGAUGAAAAUGAUAUGUCUAACAAACAUGAGGAGCAAUUGGAAGAUGAAUUGCACCCCUAUGGGUAUGGUAAGGAGGAUCGUGAAAGAUUGGGAGGAUUCAUUAAGGAAAAUGAUAUGACAGAAAGAAUCGAUAAGUUCAACCAAGAGGAGAUGAUCUCAUAUGAAUCUGCUCAAGCUUCUCACUGGUCAGAAGAGGUAUUUCACCAUGUUGAAAGAGUGGAGGAAGGUGACAUAAAUGUCACAAAAGUGGAUGAUGAAAAUUAUAUGUCUAACAAACGUGAGGAACAACAUGCACUGACCCCCAAUGGGGAGGUAAAGGAUGAAUGGGAUAGAGUGGGAGGGUACAAUGGAGAGAAUGGAAUUGGAGAAAGAAUGGAUGAUUGGAAAGAAGCAAAGUAUCAUGUGAAAGAGGAAGAGAUGUGGAAUAACAGAGAAACCCAACCCAAUCGGUCUGAUCAAGAGUAUAUACCUUCAAAUGAAGAGAAACUAAAUCAAUUCGAGCAAGAGCAAAUACCUUCAGGCGGAGAGAAACUGAAUCAGUCUGAGCAAAGGUAUAUCAAUUCAAACGGAGAGAAACUGAAUCAAUCUGAGCAAGAGCAUAUACCUUCAGGCGGAGAGAAACUGAAUAUAUCCGACAAUGACAAAGAGGAUCAUGAUGAGGCAAACUACUGUCAAAAUAAUUCUGUUUCAUGGAGGGCUGAGCUAGAAGGCGACAGCUAUGCUCAGGACAACACACUAGCCGACACACACCCCUUGAUCCGUUACAAGAGUGACGAGACGGAUGUCAACACUCAGGCUUCACACAUGGGCGAGAGUGACUCCAGUGAUGGUGAAGAGGACAGGGAGGUUUGCCAGACAGGAACAGACACCUGGGGCGAAGGCAAGUCCAAACAGUUUGACACCAUGGAGGAUCUGUAUGAAGAGUCAGAAGGGGAUGUCAUAGAUAAGGAACGUAACAUGGGCUCCACUCACCAAGAGGACGUGGAUGCUAGCCAAACAAAGGAGCAUGCUACACAGGAGAACGAUGAGGAGAAUGCUGUAGAUCAGUUGAUUCAGGAGGCAGAAGAGGAGCAAUCCUAUGAGGAACUUACAGAACCUGGAGAGUACUCCAUGGUGUGCUCUGAUGAGGACUAUAAUGAAGAAAGAAUUGAUAGAUUGGUGGAGCAAGAGCUAGAGAAUUUAUCUAUAUCCAGUUACAGUGAACACUUUACUGGGCAGAUGAUUGAGAGCGAGUCAGUACUGAGUCUUCAAAUUGAGUCUCACACUGAACUUUCCCAGACACAAGACAUAUUAUACAGUGAGGAGGUAGAGCAGAUACACUCAGAGAGACUGAAUCAAUCUGAACAAGAGUAUAUAUCCUCAGGCGGAGAGAAACAGAAUCUAAAUGCACAAGAACACAUACCCUCAGAUGGAGAGAAUCUGAAUCAAUCUGAACAAGAGUAUAUACCCUCAGGCGGAGAGAAACUGAAUCAAUCUGAACAAGAGUAUAUACCCUCAGGCGGAGAGAAACUGAAUCUAUAUGUGCAAGAAAACAUACCCUCAGAUGGAGAGAAAAUUAAUCAAUCUGAGCCAGAGUAUAUCAUUUCAGGCGGAGAGAAACUGAAUCAAUCCGAGACAGAGGAUAUAACUUCAGGCGGAGAGACACUGGAUAUAUGUGAGCAAGAACAUAUACCCUCAGAUGGAGAGAAAAUGUAUCAAUCCGAGCCAGAGCAUUUACCUUCAAUCAGAGAGAAACUGAAUCAAUCUGGGCAAGAAAAUAUACCUUUAGGUGGAGAGAAAAUUAAUCAAUCCGAGCCAGAGUAUAUAACUUCAGGUGGGGAGAAACUGGAUAUAUGUGAGCAAGAACAUAUACCCUCAGACAGAGAGAAAAUGUAUCAAUCUGAGCCAGAGCAUAUACCUUCAAACGGAGAGAAACUAAAUCAAUCUGAACAAGAGUAUAUAACUUCAGGCGGAGAGAAACAGAACGUAAAUGCACAAGAACACAUACCAACAGACGGAGAGAAACUGAAUCUAUAUGCACAAGAACACAUACCAACAGACGGAGAGAAAAUGAAUCAAUCCGAGUCAGAGUAUAUACCUUCAGGUGGAGAGAAACUGAAUCUAUAUGCGCAAGAACAUAUACCUUCAGACAGAGAGAAACUGAAUCAAUCCGAGCCAGAGUAUAUACCUUCAGGUGGAGAGAAACUGAAUCUAUAUGCGCAAGAACAUAUACCUUCAGACAGAGAGAAACUGAAUCAAUCCGAGCCAGAGUACAUAACCUCAGGCGGAGAGAAACUGAAUCUAUAUGUGCAAGAACACAUACCCUCAGACAGAGAGAAAAUGAAUCAAUCCGAGCCCGAGUAUAUACCUUCAGGCGGAGAGAAACGGAAUCAAUCCGAGCAAGAGAAUAUACCUUCAGGAGGAGAGAAACUGAAUCAAUCUGAGCCAGAGUAUAUCAUUUCAGGCGGGGAGAAACUGAAUCAAUCUGAACAAGAGAAUAUACCUUCAGGCGGAGAGAAACUGAAUCAAUCUGAACAAGAGAAGAUACCUUCAGGAGGAGAGAAACUGAAUCAAUCUGAGCCAGAGUAUAUCAUUUCAGGCGGGGAGAAACUGAAUCAAUCUGAACAAGAGAAUAUACCUUCAGGUGGAGAGAAACUGGAUAUAUGUGAGCAAGAACAUAUACCCUCAGACAGAGAGAAAAUGAAUCAAUCCGAUCCCGAGUAUAUACCUUCAGGUGCAGAGAAACUGAAUCAGUCUGAGCAAGAGUGUAUACCUUCAGGUCGAGAGAAACUGAAUCAGUCUGAGCAAGAGCAUAUACCUUCAGGCGGAGAGAAACUGAAUCAGUCUGAGCAAGAGUGUAUACCUCCAGGUGCAGAGAAACUGAAUCAGUCUGAGCAAGAGUGUAUACCUUCAGGUCGAGAGAAACUGAAUCAGUCUGAGCAAGAGCAUAUACCUUCAGGUGGAGAGAAACUGAAUCAGUCUGAGCAAGAGUGUAUACCUUCAGGUCGAGAGAAACUUAAUCAGUCUGAGCAAGAGCAUAUACCUUCAGGUGGAGAGAAACUGAAUCAGUCUGAGCAAGAGUGUAUUUCCUCAGAGGUUAUGUAUUCGGUGCACUCUGGGAUUCUAAUGACAUCUGAUCACACAUCUCUUAGAGAAGGUUCAGUAGAAAUAUCCAAAGAAGAAUAUUUGGCUCAAGGUAAGGUAUUCAGUGGGGGACUGGGAACUGAAGCUGUACCAGACAAAAUAGAAGGACAGGAUGACCAGAACCUUUAUAUGUCGACUCAUGCAGACUUCACUGGAAGCCAUUCUAUCUACAGCAGUUUAAACAGCAGGCCUGAGAGUCAAACCGACAUGAACAACUUGGAUAUAGAAGAGUCCAACAGCACAGAUGAUGAGUCGCCAAAUGCAAGCCAGUAUUUGCAACCUGUCACCAAAGCAAAUCUAACUGCAGAUCAGGAAGACUUGUUAGAUGUGGCAGUCUCUCACUAUGAGGAUUGCAAUGCUCUUAUAGAACAUUCUGCAGAAGAGAUCACUAGCUAUCAGGCAAGUAAUGAAUGUCUUCAGACAGAUGAAUGGGAAGUCUUAGAAAGUCCAAACAAACACCUGGAAUCUGGAGAUCCUUUUGCAGGUCACAAGAGAGACUCCGAGAGAUCAUCCAAAACUGACAGCGAAGGCCGGGACCUCCACAGCUUCCACAGCUCUGGUGUACACAACAACUUCUGGGGUUCCAAUCUGGAGACAGGAGCCCCCUAUCAACCGGAUGAGCCAUAUGACCAUGUGACCGAGCUACCCAAUCAGAACCUAGCCUUGGCUAACAACCUAUCCUGGGUGGAUUUGGAGAAUCCACAGGCAACUAAUUGGAACACAAAGAUGGACAGUGACACACCUAAAGCUUCCACCCUUGAAGAAGAGGACAAACAGAUGCCCUCACAGGUGAAGCAGCUGGUUUGUAAAGAUGUGGUAGAGGGUGUGAAUGUUACUUCUGAAGGUUCUGAAGAUGGAGACUCCUGGUCAUCUGGGGAAGAUUAGGAACAAUUUCAGCAUGGUUUCUAUAAAGGAGUAAAGUAGAAGUAACAAGUGUUACUGAGAGUGUAAAGCUAUUUACAUUUUACAGGCUUUGAAUUUGAGCAUUGAUUCACAAUGAUCCUCACAGUGGAAAGUAAAUGAAACGAUAAUUUCAUCCAAACAUGAAUGUACUAUGUCACAGAAUGUCAUGACAAUUCAGUGCUCUCCGGGAUCCUUGGGAUGUCCCUACCCUAAACCCUAACUAUCACCAUAAUCCUUACCUACACCAUUUAAAAUGUCAACUUCAAUGGGGUAGGGACGUCCCAAGGAUGCGAGAUAGCACAGACCGUCAAAUAUUUAUGCUGUUUUCAAAAACCAAAAAGUUGUGCUUUGGUGCACACCCUGCUGGCACUAACCACCAGUGUACCUACUCCAUUUCAAGACAUCGAGGGCCAUUUUUUGUAAGUUUUACAAAUUGAUGUUUGAAUAGCAUUUGUUUAUUUUGCCUCCCCCCUUUGAAGAACAAAAGUAACUUAAUUAAAAACCCAAAGAAAGGACAUUUGAAAGUCAAAGCAUUCCAAACUGCCAUUAAUUGAUAGUUGAUUUGAUUGCACUGAUUGAAGGAAAUCAAUCAGAGCAAAAGUCAGAACCAAGGUAUUUCACUGCACAAGACCUGGGAGCUUGUUUUUUCUAGCAGCAAUAUAUAUUUUUUAACAUCUUAAGUCCAUUUGAUAAGGACUCCAGCUGUGCCUUCAGAAGGUAUUCAUACCCCCUUGACUUACUCCAUUGAAUAGUGUUAUUUAUGAUUAUCAUUUGAUAUUUCAACUCACACACUACAAGCAGCAAAUCAAAUCAAAUUGUAUUAGUCACGUGCGCUGAAUACAACAGGUGUAGACCCUACAGUGAAAUGCUUACUUACGAGCCCCUAACGACAGUGCCUGUUUAAAAAAAUACAGAUAAGAAUAAGAGAUAAAAGUAACAAGUAAUUAAAGAGGAGCAGUAAAAAAUAACAAUAUAUACAGAGGGGUGCCGGUACAGAGUCAAUGUGCAGGGGUACCGGUUAGUUGAGGUAGUAUGUACAUGUAGGUAGAGUUAUUAAAGUGAUUAUGCAUAGAUGACAACAGAGAGUGGCAGUGGUGUGGUGGGGGGUGGGGGGUGAAUAGUCUGGGUAGCCAUUUGUCUAGAUGUUCAGCAGUGCAUGGUUUGAAAUCCCAGAAGAACAGUUUGCCUUCAUUUUAUUAAAGCGUUUCACAACACAGUGUCACAACGUAUAACUAACAUACAAUGAAACAACAUGGUACCAUAUUAGUUAUGCUUUGUUCACGAUUACAGCAAAAAUAAACUUGUGUUGUUCUUUGGCUAGUGUUCUCUCUGUAGAAAUGCACGCAGAAAAAACAUACCUGGAAAAAUAAAACAAAUUGACAAAUA